UCGGUACUUCAAAAGGGUUGGAUCCGGCCGAGUGUUUCUCCUUAUGGGUCUCCUGUCCUAUUUUUACCCAAGAAGAAGGAAGGAACACUUAGAAUGUGCAUUGACUAUAGGGACCUCAAUGCCAUCACUGUCAAAAACAGAGAGCCCCUACCGCGGAUCGAUGACUUGCUAGAUAGAGUGCAAGGGUGUCGGUACUUUAGUAAGAUAGAUCUGAAGUCCGGGUACCAUCAGAUUGCAAUCCGGCCCGAGGAUCAACACAAAACCGCUUUUCAGACCAGGUACGGUCUGUUCGAGUUUGUGGUGAUGUCUUUUGGCCUUUGCAAUGCUCCUGGCACCUUUCAGCACGCUAUGAAUCAGAUAUUUCAUGACUACUUGGAUAAGUUUGUCAUCGUGUACCUCGAUGACAUACUUAUUUUUAGUAAGACUGUCGAGGAGCACGUUGCGCACUUGGAUAAAGUCCUUAGUCUUCUGCGACAGCACAAGUUCAAGAUCAACGGUGAGAAGUGCGAGUUUGGCCGCACCCGUGUCUUGUACUUGGGUCAUGAGAUUUCCGCGGAGGGAUUAAAGCCCGAUGACGUGAAGGUGGCCAGCAUUCGUGAUUGGCCGCGUCCUCAGUCUGUGACUGAGAUGAGGUCUUUCUUAGGGAUGACAGGCUACUACCGCAAUUUCGUGAAGAACUAUAGCAUAGUUGACGCCCCUUUGACUGACCUGACUCGCCUUGACACCCCAUGGGAGUGGCCAGACAGAUGCGAGGCUGCUUUCAGACAUCUGAAGCAUGCGUCGACGCAUCAUGAGGUCUUGAAACUUCCUGAUCUUAACAAGUCAUUUAUAGUAACUACGGAUGCUAGCCAAUAUGGCAUAGGCGCCGUACUUGCACAGCAGGAGGGGAAAAAGUUGAGGUCGGUAGAGUACAUGUCCAAAAAGAUGCCCUCUCAGAAGUUGGCUAAGUCUACCUAUAAGAAGGAGCUCUAUGCGAUCUACAAGGCGCUCACCCCUUGGAGGCACUAUCUCCUUGGGAGGUUCUUCUACGUCCGGACUGAUCACCAGACCCUGAAGUGGAUGAGAAUCCAACCUGUGCUCCCCGACGCUCUAAAGCGUUGGAUUGAAGUCACAGAGCAGUAUGACUUUGAGCCCCAGUACAUCAAGGGCGAGUACAACAAGGUUAUUAAUGCACUGUCGCAUAGACCAGAUUUCUUUGGUGUGCUGAUCACUGAGUUUAGGCUUGCGGACGACGUUACUCACUGUAUGGUGGAAGCCUAUCGCGAGGAUCAAUUUAUGUCUGAGAUCAUUCACAGACUUGAGGCGAAGGAUAAAAUCACUUCUGUCGAGUUUGAGUUGGUCAACGGCCUGCUGUUCCUUGAGAAGGAAGGGAAUAAACGUUUUUCUGGUGGCCACAUUGUCAAUGACCAAAGAAAGAAAACAGCACAGGCGUUAGCAAGGCUAUGGGAGAAGAUUAUGAGAGAGAUAGGAGUGCAUCGCAUCAACGUGAUCUGCACCGACAAUGCCGAGGUGAACAAGAAGGCUGCUCAGAUUCUGGAGCGCCACACUGACAAAGAUAUUGCAAGGAUUCCAUGGGUUCCUUGCGCUGCGCAUUGCAACCUUUUGCUGCAAGAUGUCAACAAGCUCGAGCGGGUGAAGAGCACCGUGAAGAGAGGCCACACAAUUGUGAAGUUCAUCCGGAACCACCACCGCACGCACCGCCUGAUGAUGUCCUUCGACGAUUCCCUGUUAUUGCUUCGGCCCACGGAAGUUUGGUUCGGGUUAGUGUACAUGAUGUUGGAGAGGCUUCAGAACAGGAGGGCAGUGUUGUCGGAUAUGGUGGAUCGAAAAAAUGCAGCACGGUGGACAGGGAUGCGUUGGUCAAAUGCAAAGUUGAAGUCGAAAGCGGACCUGGUGUACUUCACCUUAAGGAGAGACGGCUGGUGGACGGAGUUGAAGAAGGUGGUUGACGUGAUGGAACCGUUGUACAACCUUCUCAGGAGGAUGGAUCGAGAUGGAACAGUGCCAACAAACCUCAUUGAAUAUGAAGACCUAAUUGAAAGAAAACUCUGCAGAGACUUGUCGGGGGUGAUUGGAAAGGGCCAGACCACCUUGAGGUUUUGGGUGGCCGGCACGAGUUCCACAAGGAGCCCACGCCGAACAGGCCCAAGAGAAAGGACACGAAGAUGUGGGAACCCGAUGCGAAGACUGAUUGCGAGAAGCUCGCAGCGACCGAGUGGGCAUGACGAGGACGACGGAUCUAUCUUGAGGGGCCCCGAGGAGGAAGCCGAGAAGGCGGACGAGGAGCUAGUGCGGCAAAGUAGCUUCGUGAAGACACCAAAGGGAAGGAUUCCAAAUAAGCUUGAGGACGACGAGGACGAGUGCACACACGACGAAAGUGACUUGGAUGAUGAGCUGUGGAAGGGGAAGUGUGAAUUGUCAGAUGAGUCUAGCGCCGCAGAAGAGGAGGAGGAUGAAAGUGAUUCAGAUUUUGAGCUGAGAGUCGAGCCUGUUCCGGUUGAUGAAGAUGAGGCGGAGGCCGACCGUGCAAAGGCAUUAGCAGAUCGCGAUCGAGACGCCGUCCAAAAAUGGAUCAUGGAGGAGGAUGUUCCACAUGCAGCUAUCCCAACCCGGAGGGAGAUUGAGAGACACAAGAAGAAGGUUGGGAAAAACGAACCGGGGACGCGCCGUCCAUUGGACGUUGUGCAAGAGCGAGAAGAGGGUCAGCAGCAACAAAGUGAAGCGGUUGUGAAGGUGAUGGAAGUCGCACUCCAAGAAGAGGAGAACGACAAGGUGCAGCCAAAAGGAGGCCGAGCAGCAAGAGGCAGAGCACCACAAAGAGGCGGAGGAGAAGAACCAGCAAGAAGACAAGGACGACAUGGAGCAGCAAAAAGAGGCGGAGGUGGAACACGAAGAAGAGGACGAGGUGACGAGGAAGGGAUGGAGAGGCAAGGACAGCAGGAGGACAUGGAAAAGCAAGAAGAGGCGGAGGGCAUGGACCAGCAGGACAUGCAGCGCAACGUGGAUGAGGAGGACGACGAAGAGGAGCACCAGCCUGCAGUGAAGACUGUGUACACGUGUAGGCAACGACCGGUUGUGUCCACACAGUCGGCUGAGUAUACACCCGACUUCCCUCCCAACAAUGAGGCUGUCCCACAUGACAACCUGUGGGUGAGCAGGAUGGGGAGGAAGAGAAAGGAACCAAUGGAUGCUGCUGCUGCAAAGCCCAAACGUGGUCGUGGCAGGCCCUGCAAGCCGAAGACCGGUGAACCUGUUGCAAAACCAAAGAAAAAGAGUCGCCAGCGCAAGGCUCGAGCGGAGGUUGUGGAGGAUGACCCCGAAUUAGAUAACUGCAGUAGACAGUCAUCUGAAUUCGAGGGAUGCCACUCCGAUUUGCGAAUGAGGUCGCCAUACGAGGAGGGGGAGGAGUGCACCGACGAUAGCGACCUUGACGACAAGGUGUGGAAGGGGAAGAUUCCAGGGUCGGAAGCGUCUAGCGAAGAGGAGGUUGACGAGUCCUCGGACAAUGACUUUGAGUUGGGAAUCCCGCCGUCAAUACCAUGCACCACAUAUGUUGAGCGGAGGGAAGCAGCACAACGCCGUCGAGAACGGCCACCCACAACACCAUCUCAAUGCACAACGAAUACCACAGCGCAUUACAACAUCCAAUCGGAUGUCGAGCUACCACAGACUGGCACCGACAUGGAGAUGGUGCUUUGCCCCGGUCCAAUCAAUACAGAUGAGGAGGCGGACGACCGUGCAAAGGCAUGGGCUGAUGGGAAUCAAGAACGGGUGCAAAGGAGAAUCGAGGGAGGAGGAAGAGCGACGUGCAGCCAUACCAACCCGCAGAGAAUUGGAGAAACUAAAGAAGAAGGUUGGAGAAUGAGAAUCAGAGCCAGUGGGGGAUAUGAGCCAGCUAGAGGAGGAGAAAGAAGAGGUGAUGGGCCAGCAAGAGGACAAGGCAGAACACGAGAUGGGCCAGCCAGCGCAGGAAGAAGAAAAGAUGGGGGAGCAAGGGGAGGACGAAGAAGAGGCUGGCAUGGAGCAGCGAGAGGAGGAGAUGGAGGGCACGGAACAGCAAGAAGAGGAGCUGGAAGAGAGCGAGGAGCAUCAGCAGGAAAAGAUGGAGAACAGCGAGGAGGAGCAGCAGCAGCAUGCACUGACGGUCGUGUACAAGCGUCGUGGGUCACCGGAGAAUUCCCCCGACUUCCCAGCCAACAAAGCGGAAGCCCAAUAUUACAACCUGUGGGUCAGCAGGGUUGGGAGGAAGAGGAAGGCGCCCCGUGAGGACGAACAGUCGAAGCCAAAACUUCCACG